UCGAAGAAGACGAAGGUCACGAGCGUCAUUCCGCUUCAUCGCUCAUUAGGAAAUAACCCCAGAGUGUGUCUUGAAGUAACCGGCUGAUCAGACGGUUCUCAGUGAGCGACACUACACGCCGAUUUCUAAGCGCCAUUUGAAAUAAACCAACAUGGCGAAGAAGAGGAGCGGAGUCCACGAACCUGAAGGCACUACUCUCAUACAGGAGGAAGCAACGACAAAAGAAACGCAACCUCUUAAAGCAGCGCAGUAUACCGGAGGACGAUCUGCACGCAUGUCCCUCCUCAUCCUGAUCUCCAUCUUUGCCUGUGCUGCUUCAGUCAUGUACCUGGUUUACAGAAAUUUCCCAGAGCUGAGCGAAGACGAGAGGGACAAGAUAAAAGUCCCCAAAGACAUGGACGACGCUAAGGCACUGGGUACCGUGCUCUCCAAAUAUAAGGACACCUAUUAUACCCAAGUGCUUAUAGCAUAUUUCGCUACAUACAUCUUCCUCCAGACAUUUGCCAUUCCAGGUUCAAUUUUCCUCAGUAUCCUGUCUGGUUAUCUGUAUCCCUUCCCCCUGGCCCUGUUCCUGGUUUGCCUGUGCUCAGGUCUGGGAGCGUCUUUCUGUUACAUGCUGUCCUAUUUAGUGGGCAGACCCGUGGUGUACAAGUACCUCACAGAGAAAGCGCAGAAAUGGUCACAACAGGUCGAUAAACACAGAGAACACCUCAUCAAUUACAUCAUCUUCCUGAGAAUUACGCCUUUCCUUCCAAAUUGGUUUAUCAACAUCACUUCUCCGGUCAUCAACGUACCACUGGGAGUCUUCUUCUUUGGUACAUUCAUUGGAGUCGCUCCUCCAUCUUUCGUAGCGAUAAACGCCGGAACGACGCUGUACAAGCUGACCACAGCGGGCGAGGCCGUGUCCUGGUACUCUUUGGCCGUUCUGGCCGUUCUGGCCGUAGUCUCUAUUCUCCCGGUGUGUUUCCAGAGAAAGCUGCAGGAAAAGAUGGCGUAAAGUUGCCUCCUCACUUCUUCUGCCUGUCACCCGGUUCACACCUGCUUAUCUUGGUCCUCAACCACACAGCUGUUUUUUUUUUUUUCUUUGUCGUCGUGGAAAACGGGCCCAAAACUGUAGAACUCGGACUGGCUCGUGAUCCUACGCUUGUUCUUUUUCUCUGUAACAGAAUGAACGAUUAUAUCCAUUAUCUUUUCAUCGUUUUAUAUGUUUUUAACAACCUUGUGUAGUAGGUCCUAUAUUGAGUCAGUGUCUUUUUCUUUUCUAACUUUAAAGCAAUACCCCCCCCCCCUUUUUUUAAAUAAAUGUUUUUAGCCGUGUUGCAUCGGCAGCACAAACAGGGUGCUAUGCCAGGAGAAAUUUAAAUACAACACCUCUCACAUACGCCGUGCCAUAAACAUUAUUUUUCCUCACAGUUUGACUAUAACAGUAAAUUUAAAAACGCUGAUUUGUUCUGGACGAUGCACCAUACUGUCUGUCCUGCUGCCGCCCAAAUGUAGGACAUUCUCCUGGUAGUUCUUUUUCAAUAUAUAAAUAUAUAUAUCUAUAUAUAAUCUCAGAAAAUACGAUUUCCGACACCGAAUUGUAUUUCUAAUGCCUCAUAUGUAUUGUAUUUUUUUUUUUUUUUCAUUUAUAUUUUAUUUAUUUAGCUAGUUUGUUUUUGCUUUCCUUAUCCAUUUUGUCUUAAUUAGCAGGUUACUGGAAAUAGACUGCGGUGACCCUUUUGAUUUCGUUCUCCACCUCGGACAUAAAAAAGGAAAAAGAAAAGUAAGAAUGAUGAGUUUUAAACGAUUCAGUAAUGAAUAGUAAAAGACUGAAAGUCUGAAAGGACCUCAUGAAUCUUAACUAUAUUUUAAAAGAAAAACAGUUUAGGACAUGCAUCUCUACACAGCGAGCAGUCUUGUUUGCACUGAAUAUAUGCAUUUUAGGAGGAAUUUUCUACCCCACAAAGGUAGAAGCCGGAUACCUCGUCGUGUACGAGUUCACUGUUUACUACUCCUUCAUUGAAAGCAAGUUGGUUAGUCCCUUAGUUCCCAAUCCUGGUUCUGGAAGUACUCCUGUUCUGUGGAGUGUUUUCUUAUUCUUAUUCUUAUCUAAUUGCAUCAGCUGAUAAAUAAAUUGAUCAAAAUGUACAGGGUGUGGCUAAGCUCCUGUAGGACCAGCAUUGGAAACCUGCGGUUUAGUCCCUUUCAGUCUGAUCGCGUUCCGUAGCUUUGAGACAUAAUGUACAUCCAUGCAUAAGUCUUAGUGAACCCUCUGUGUAUAAAAAGCACAUCAACAUGGAUAAGGUGCAUUUCUACAAUGUAGGCUUUUACUUUUACUUUUUUUCUUACAUUGUUCAUGACUAUAUUCUCUCCUCCUCUUCUCGUCUCUUUGCGUUGCCUCCACACACACACUCACUCACACACACACACACACACACACUCAGACAGACAGUAUUACAUGGAACUCUCUGGAUGUUCUUCAUAUGUAAAUGCUACUAACUGAUCACUUUUUCUUUCAAAUGUCAUUACGAAAUGUUAUAUAAUGAAGAUAUUUAUUAAGAAAUGAUUAAAACAUGGUUCCCUUCG